GAUUUAGCAGCAUUCGUAGAUAGGCCGCUAUGCGGUCACUUACACGUUCAAUGGCGCGAGUUUUACUUUUCGGUGGUGGUUUAGUGAUAUGUCUUUUGGCGCAAACUUCCGCAGACACCGUUAGAAACAAAGAGGAAUUGGACAAUUUACUACAAAAUCUUGAAGAAUCUAAUGAACCUUACACUAUUAACCCUGCUGAAAAAUCUAGGAAACUUUUUGAUUACCAAACGCGCAAAGCUGCAUAUAAGGACUUAGCAAAUUCAAGAUGUAUCUUAAGAAAUUUAAAUGUAAGCAAUGGAAGCGAAAAUAUUAUCUUGCACAAUGGAAAAUUGAAUUUACCAGUAAAUUCGGCAUUAUCUGAUCAAUUAACAAAAAGACAGGUUUAUACUCUAGGGGGCCCAAGAAUAACCGAAUUUUGUAGCGGAUUUCCAGUAUAUUUAAUUCAAGAAUUAGAUACCAAUGAUGAAAACUAUAUGAACGACAUUUUCGUCGAAGGAAAGUUCGACAACAAUUUACGCAGAAAACGGUCGUCUCCUUAUUAUUUUAGAGGAAAGGUUCGAGGUCAAACUCAAUCGCAAUAUUUAAAUGUUGGUCAAGGAGGUGAACCCGGCAGAGCUGAAGCAGAAUCCACUUAUGAAGGAUCCAAAGCUAUCGUCAGCGGCAGUAGUGGAAUGGGUCAAGCCCAAAGCCAAAGUAAUCCGUUAGAUUGUGAGGGAUGCAACCAACACCCGGACCAAGAUCAGACACUUCAUUAUAGACCUGGUGGAGGCACGGAUAUUGACUCCGUCGGGCGUUAUGAAAAACCUAGCGGGCCUGGACGCGGUCACUAUGGCCCUACGUCAGGUAGACCAGGAGAAGAUGGAACACCAGGUAAGCUCGAAAUUAACAUUGUAAGAGGGCCUGGUAGCACAACUGGAGGAAGAACCGAUGGGAAGUAUGGCCCAGGACUUAGUGAAGGACCUGGAGGUCAAAGUUUCGGAGAAAGAGGUCCUGGAACUGCGGGAUAUGCUCCUAGUACUCAGGGAGAAACAGUUGGCGGAUACACACCUGGGGGUCAAGGUUCCGCAGGAAGAGGUCCUGGAACUGGUGGAUAUGCUGGUGGUCAAGGAGGAUCAGUUGGGGGAUAUGUACCUGGAGGUCAAGGUUCCGAAGGAAGGGGUCCUGUAACUGGUAGUGAAGGAGGAACAAAUGGCGGAUAUGUUCCUGGAAGUCAGGGUUCCGGAAGGAGAGGUCCUGGCAGUCAAGAAGGAGGAGAUGAAGGUUCCAUCGGAAAACUUCCUGGAACAGAAGGGUAUGCUCCUGGUAGUCAAGGAGGUCACGGUUCUGGCGGCGGAAGAGUUUCUGGAACAGGAGGGUAUACUUCUGGUAGUCAAGGAGGAAGAGAUAGCGGGUAUAUACCUGGGGGUCAAGGUUCCAAUGGUAUAGGUUCAGGAACUGGAGGAUAUGCUUUCGGUAGACAAGAUGGAGAAUCAGGUCCCGGAAGCGAAAGUUAUGCAACUGGUAGAAAUUAUGGACCCAGGGGUCAAGGUUCCGGAGGAAGAGGUUCUGUUCCUGGUGGAUAUGCACCUGGUAGUCAAGGACGAACAGAUGGCGUCUAUGUACCUGGAGGUCACGGUUCCGGAGGAGGAACUUCUGGAAUAGAAGAGCAUACUCCUGGUAGUCAAGGAGGAUACAUUGGCUUGUAUGUUCCUGGAAGUCAGGGUUUUGGACGAAGAGAUCCUGGUACUGGUAGAUAUGCACCUGAAGGUCAAGUUCCAAGGGGAACAGGUCCUGGAACUCCUGGUUCCGGAACAGGGAAAAGAAUAGAUGGAGGAUAUGGACCUGAAGGUCAAGGUACUAGUGGAGGAUUUGUACCUGUAUAUGAAACUUAUAAUACAAAUGUUCCAGGAGAAACAAACCGCGGGGAUAAUGGCAAAAGAGGAAAAUUUGCUGGUCAAUUGGAAGGUGGAUAUGAGGAAACUGGCAAAGGACGAGGAAAAUUUCAAGGCACAUUUACUGGGAAUUUUCAAGUAGAUAAUCAUGGAUCAGGUCAACCUGAAGAAUACCAACGACCUGGUCCAGGACAAUCUGCAACAGGUGGAUAUGGUUCUGAUGGGAAACAAACUGGAGCAGAAGGUUAUGAAACGGGUAGUCAACGACCUGGAUUAGGUGGAUAUGGAACAAAUAAUCAACCACCUGGAGAAAGUGGAUAUGGAAUAGGCGGCCAUCCUGGAGCGGGUAGUCAACAAUCUGGAGCGAGUAGUUAUGGGACAUAUGGUCAACAUCCUGGCGCAGGGGGUCAUGUAACAAGUGAUCAAAAACCUGGAGCGGGUGGUUAUGGAACGGGUGGUCAACAACCUGGAGUAGAAAAUUACGGAACAUCUGGUUUUUACCCUGGAACGGGACGUUAUGGUGCAGGCAUUCAACAACCCGACGCAGGUGGUUAUGGAACAGGUAGUCAACAACCUGGCGCAGGAGGUUAUGGUACAGGCAAUCAACAACCUGGUGCAGACAGUUAUGGAACAGGUGGUCAACAACCUGGAGCGGGUGGUUAUGGAGCAUCUGGUCCUUCGCCUGGAUCGAGAGGUUAUGGAACAGGUAGCCAACUACCUGGAACAGGAGGUUAUGAAACAUCUGGUACACAACCUGGAGCAGGUGGUUAUGGAACAGGUGGUCAACACCCUGGCGUAGGUAGUCAACAACCCGGCACAGGAGGUUAUGGUACAGGCAAUAAACAACCUGAUGGUCAACAAACUGGAGCGGGUGGUUAUGCAAUAGGUGGUCAAAAACCUGGACAAGGAGGUUAUGGAGCAUCUGGUCUUCCGCCUGGAGCGGGAGGUUUUGGAACAGGUGGUCAACACCCUGGCGCAGGUGGUUAUGGAACAGGUAGUCAACAACCUGGUGUAGGCAAUUAUGGACCGGGUGGUCAAAAACCUGGAGCAGGUGAUUAUGGAAUAGGUGGUCAACAACCUGGAGGGGGUGGUUAUGGAAUAGGUGGUCAACAACCUUUAGCAGGAGAUUAUGGAUUGUCUGGUCCUCAGACUGGAGCGGGAGGUUAUGUAACAGGUAGACAACAACCUGGCGUAGGUGGUUAUGGAGCAGGUAUUCAACCACCCGGCGUAGGUGGUUAUGGUACAGGUAGUCAACAACCUGGUGCAGGCAGUUUUGAAACAGGUGGUCAACAACCUAGUUCAAAUGGCUAUGGAACAAGUGGUCAACACCCAGGUGCAGGUGGUUAUGGAAUAGGAGGUCAACAACCUGGCGCAGGUGGUUAUGAAACUGGUGAUCAACUUCCCGGUGCAGGUGGCUAUGAAACAGGUGGUCCACAACCCGGUAUAGGUGGUUAUGGAACAGGCAUCACUCAACAACCUGGUGCAGGAAGUUAUGGAACGGGCGGUCAACAACCUGGAGUUGGGAGAUAUGGAGCAGAUGGUUAUGAAACAGGUCAGCAACCUGAGUCUGGUGGUCAACAACCUGGAUACGCAACCGGUCAACAACCUGGGUACGCAACCGGUCAACAACCUGGGUACGCAACCGGUCAACAACCUGGAUACGCAACCGGUCAACAACCUGGAUACGCAACCGGUCAACAAGGACAAGAGGCCCCAGGUCAACUAGUUGAUCAGGGACCAAAAUAUGAUGGAGAUUCUCAAGUAUUAUCAUCUAUCCAACAAAAUGACAAAAACGAAACUGAAGCUAGUGCGCAAGCGCAAGGCAAAUAUUUAGGAGGCACAGCCCAAUCGCAGGUUUCUGGUAGCUAUUCUGGGUCGGGGUCGUUUAGCGCAUCUGCUGGUUCGGAUGAUGGGAAAAGAGGAGCUCAAACUCAAGUAUCCGGUGGAAAAGAGGGCGCUCAAAGUUCUUCUCAAGGUAAAGGUGGUUUGGGACAAUCUCAAACCCAAGUUGUAUACUCAUCUAAGAAUGGUGACACUAUGUCUAAUGCUCAAAGCGGUGGACAAACACAUGCGAGUCAAACCCAAGUUCAAGCUAGUGGUAAAGGUGGAAUGGCAGAUGCACAAGCAAACGGCCCUGGUAGCACAUCUUCGCAGGCACAAAUAGGAUUUUCUCCAAAUAACGAAAGGGAUAAUCAAACUGCACCAUGGAAAGGAGGCGGUACUGCCAGUGCACAAGGUGGAACUCAUUCUGGGCAGUCUCAAUCUCAAAUUCAAGGUCUAUUUGGUAAUGGAAUAAGAUAUACAGGAUCAGCUCAAGCAGGAACUGGAGGAGGUUUUUCAAAAAAUAAAACAAGAAAAUUUGAACCUCAAUUUCAACCAUUUAAACCUAUUGAACUAAGUCCACCACAAAAACAAUCUCAACAAACCUUAGUUAGUUCAGAUUUAACUCCAUCUAGCUCUAACGCCAACACUAGAACGACAAAGAUAAAUGACAAACAAGAAGAUAAUGCUACAGUACAGCCUGAUAGUGCAGAAUAUGAAGAUUACGAAGACUACGGUGACGCUACAACAACAAAACCAAUGACAAGAAGCAUAGACACUUCCAACAUACCAAUACAACUAAUUUCACAGGAAACUAAAACUCAAAAACAACAAGUCAUAUUGGAUCCAUUGGUGAAACUCGAUGCAACAGUACACCAAAGUUACGGUAGCAUUCCUAAACAUGGUUCCAUACUACAACCCGGUCAAAUUAUACCGGGAUCUCCAGGUUACAGAAUUCCAGCAGGGUUUAGAGGAAAGGUUCAUUCUUACACCAAAGGUAAAAGUACUUAUGCUGUAGGCCAAAACGCUUUAGCUCAGAGUGUAAGCUUAGCCCCAGGGUCAGGAAGGAUUCUGUACAAAAGUCCAGUUUACGCGGUAGGAACGAAAACGACCCAAUUUAAAAACGGUCACUAUGGCUACGGCACAACUUACGCAUACCAACCUGCAUCAUAUCAGGUCAAAAGCGGGGGAUCCCCCUCUGCAAAUUUCCAUUCCAUUUCCACAUCGGAAACCGGUUCAAAGAAUGUUUUGACGGGACAAAAAAUACCUAAUGUUUACUAUACUCAAUCGUCCAGUUGUGGUGUUUUCACCAACAGUUGUGUUUUCACACCAAACGGCAAAAUUUGCACACCGAAAUUAAAAACCAAUCCAGAUGGAAGUCUCAUGGGUUGUUAAAAAUGUAUUAUACUUAGUUUUAUUAAGUCUAAAGUCUAAAUAGUCUUCAAGAAGUUUUUAUUAAAACAUUUAAAAUAAAAGACUUGUUUUAUUUAAAUAGUUUAUUGGCACAAAUUAUGUGAUAUAUGUACAGCUGAAUUUCCGUAAAUAAAUAAUAAAUACAUACGCUGGUUUAUUUAUGAUAACGCAAAGCAUUCUAACAAAAAUAUAUAAGGCACUAAUUAGUGCAAUUGUGAUUGCUAAUUUUGCUUAAAAUUUUGAAUUAGCCUUUAGAUUUUGAACUGGAGGUUUUUAAACACAUUUAACCAGGGAAUUUUUUUUGAUUUAUACUUAAAAAAGAUAAGUCAAAAGUAUCGUGAUGUUUAAACAUGAACAUUUUAAUUAAAUUUAAUUAAAACAUUUUUUGGUUUAAGAAAAUCUCUAUAUAUUUUCCUGCAUUAAAUUUAAAUCUUGAAUCUAGAAACAUACUAUUAAAAUUUGAUUAUAUUUAUGUAAUUUAUGUAUUUUUCAAUAAUAUGCAUUAGUAUUAUAUCAUUAUGUAUAGUGCAGUUGUGUGAUAAGAAUAAUAAUUCACAUUAUUAUUACAAUAUUGGUGCUCUUAAUUAUUACUUAUAUUGUACCAAUGCAUGGAUAAAUUCAUAAAAAUGUUCUAUUUCAAAUACAAAACAUAAGUUUACAUUUUAUAUUAAAAACUGUUAAUACAUAUAAUUUACAUUUUUUAAGAUAUUUGUAAGAUCUAUUAUCGGUAUUAAAAAACUAUAUUGACCAAUCUUUGCUUGAUAAUUUUAAUCACAAAUGUUUUUAGAAGCCUACAUUAUUGUUAUUAUUAUUAUUAUUAUACAACAUGCAUAUAAUCGAAAAUUCACUGAUUUUCAGUCUACAACAUUACAAGUCAGUCAUUAAACAGGACAGAAACAAUCUAAUUUAUUUACUAGGCCAUUUUAAAUAAUUUGUGCCCAUUAUUACUAAAUAAUAUAUAAUUUUAUAUUCUAAUACAAAUUUAUAAAAAAAAUAAUAUACAAAUUAUAAUAUAAAUAAGUAAGAUGCUUUACAAAUAAAAUAUACAUUCAGAGAUUUGUACACAAAAAUAAUACAAAAUAUAAAAGUUUUAGGCAAGUUAUAUUGCAAUACUGAGUAUAUAAGGUAAAUUAAAAUAUACACUGAAAAUGGAAGACAAAUCAUUGCUUUGAAAGAAAAAAUAGAACCAAAGAUAAUGUUAACAUAAAAAGAUUUUACAUUAAAUUACCUUAAUUGAUAGAAAAACUAAUAUUCGUUUAAAUCAUCGUCGCUUCCCUCCACCAUUAACAAGUUACCCCUUGUCAGAAGGUUGGUUGAGUUUGAGUUACGUAAUCUAAAAAAUAAAAAUAAC